ACUUCGCGGGGAAGACUAGCACUGUUUCUUGGACCGAUGCAGACAACAAAAUCUGUGUCAUUUCAUUGCGCCGGACCACUGUGGUCCGGAUGCUCUGAAUCGCGACUUCAUGCGUGACAGUGCAGUAUACAGCCGGACGUACAUAAGAGCUCUCUUCUCCACGUCUGGGGAAGCAUCAGAUCGUUACUCCACAAGUUCAGCAAGUGUCUCCACAAAACAUGUCGAACGAGCUUCACCUUGAAGGCGCUGGCCACGAUGCAUCCCCACAGAAAAAGGGAGUGUAUAAGGAGCUGCGCGCAAACCCAUACCUGCUAGGGUUGUCGACAUUUGCAUCACUUGGAGGUUUCCUCUUCGGUUACGAUCAGGGCGUGGUGUCAGGAGUUCUGACGAUGGAGAGCUUUGCUGCAUCCUUCCCUCGGGUUGCGCUCGACAGUAGUUUCAAAGGCUGGUUUGUGUCUACGCUGCUGCUGCUAGCCUGGGCUGGCUCUUUGAUCAAUGGCCCUGUUGCCGACAAGUUUGGUCGCAAAGGCUCGAUUAUUAUCGCUGUUGUUAUAUUCGUUAUAGGCGCCGUACUCCAGGCUGCCGCAAUGAAUAUUGCCACAGCUUUUGCUGGGCGAGGUAUUGCGGGAUUUGCUGUCGGCAUGUUGACUAUGAUUGUACCCAUGUACAUGUCUGAAGUGUCAACCGCUGGCGUCAGAGGAACGCUCGUGGUGCUUCAGCAACUCUCAAUCACCCUCGGUAUCCUUGUCAGCUACUGGCUCGAGUUCGGCACGCAAUACAUCGGCGGUACUCGGUGCGCACCCGAUAUUCCAUACACUGGCGGUACUGCAUCGGCACGAACCUUUGAUCCUCGCGCCGACGUUGGUCCCAACGGCUGCACCGGUCAGUCAGAUGCAGCAUGGCGUGUGCCUUUUGCUCUGCAAAUCAUCCCAGCUCUUGUCCUUGGGAUCGGUAUGUUUUUCUUCCCGGAAAGCCCAAGGUUCUACUGCAUGCGCGACAACGAUUCGGCUGGAAUUGCUGCUCUAGCUCGUGUUCGUCAAGCCAACCCCGAUGAUGAAGCACUGCAGAAAGAGUACCUCUCAGUCAAAGCUGAGGUCAUGUUCGAGCAGUCGUACAAUCGCGAGAAGUUCCCCGGCAAAUCUGGCGUGUCACUCUAUCUCGCCGGCUACAGCACGCUCUUCUCCACGUGGCCAUCAUUCAAGCGCACAGCAAUCGGGUGCUGUGUUAUGUUCUUCCAACAAUUCAUUGGCUGCAAUGCAAUCAUCUACUACGCCCCGACCAUCUUUGGCCAACUAGGGCUCACUGGUAAGACUGGUGGCCUUUUAGCAACCGGAGUCUAUGGUAUCGUGAACACGCUGUCCACACUCCCUGCGCUCUUCCUCAUUGACAAAGUUGGACGUAAGCCCCUUCUUCUCUGCGGUGCUGCAGGAACUUUCAUCUCGCUUGUCGUUGUGGGUGGAGUCAUCGGCGGAUACGGAGAUACCCUCAAAGAUCACCCAGCAGCAGGUUGGACAGGUAUCGCGUUCGUCUACAUCUACGAUGUCAACUUCUCAUACUCUUGGGCGCCCAUCGGCUGGGUUCUGCCUUCCGAGAUCUACAAUCUCGGCAACAGAUCGAAGGCCAUGUCGCUCACUACAUCGUCGACAUGGGCCUCGAACUUUGUUAUCGGUCUAAUCACACCUGACAUGAUUGAGUCGAUUGGCUAUGGCACCUACCUCUUCUUCGCGGCAUUUGCGCUGAUUGCGUUUGCCUUUACCUGGUUUAUCAUUCCAGAAACGAAGGGUAAAUCCCUUGAGGAGAUGGAUGCUGUAUUUGGAGAUACCACUGCGCACGAGGAGAAGACCAGGCUGUAUACUAUUGCAGCCAGUCUCGGAAUUGAGGAGGCGGCAGCUGCGGUCGACGACGAGAAGCUGGAGAAGGCAGUCCAGUUGGAGAGCACGAAGAUGUGAAGGGAUCACAUAGGUCCCGAGUAGUGACACGUCCAACCAGCUGCUUGGCACUUUUGUAGGAUCCAACCCAUCUUCUUCCCAGCCAAUAAGCUGCAGGAAUACGACUGAAUACCUUCUUCAAAGCGUGUCCAUGCCAACGAGAAAGCGCCUCCUUGUUUAAUGCU